CUCUGCGUGUCGCCGUUGAGUUGCUCCACGGCUCUGGUUCAGCUCAGCGAGAGACCCCGCUGCUUUACCAUUGCAAUUCCCCUAUUAUUUCCCCCCAGCUUGUCUGAGCUCCGCAGUGUUUGCUCGGACGGACUAGGAGUCUGGGAGUGUGGAAUUGGUGUAUCAUGGCCGCCUGAAUACAAAUCUGAACACACUGUUUCUCUCUCCUUCCAUCCCCUUCCCUUGAGUGGUAGCGUUAGUGUCUGUGUCGUUUCGAGUUGUCGAAGAUUUCUCGGAAUUAUUUGAUUUCUUUAGGAAUAAAUCAUUCAUGUCCAUGCUCAAAAAUGCAGCCACCACCGAGAAAGGUAAAGGUGACUCAGGAGCUGAAGAACACGCAUACUGAGCAGAUGACAAGGCUCCACAUCAAGCAUCAGACAGAAUGUGACUUACUGGAAGACAUGAGGACCUACAGUCAAAAGAAGUCCAUCCUGGAGAGGGACUAUGCACAGGCUCUGCAAAAGCUGGCCAGCCAGUACCUGAAGAGGGAUUGGCCCGGGAUCAAACCUGACGACCAACACACAGACUACAGGAAUGUGUAUGCGGUGUGGAGGGCCUACCUGGAGGGCACGGUCCAGGUGACGCAGUCGCGCAUCAACGUCUUUGAGAACUACAAAAACGACAUCACAGAUCCAGCCAAAACCGUCCGGCUCUACAAGGAGCAGCAGCUAAAAAGGUGCAUCGAGCAGCUGGGCCGCAUCCAGACGGAGCUGCAGGACUCGGUCAAGGACCUGGCCAAGUCCAAGAAGAAGUACUUUGAGCUGGAGCAGAUGGCCCAGGCCGUCCGGGAGAAGGCCGACAUCGAAGCCAAGUCAAAGCUGGGGCUCUUCCAGUCCAGGAUAAGUUUACAGAAAGCCAGCGUGAAGUUAAAAGCCAAGAGGAACGACUGUAACUCCAAGGCCACCCACGCCAGGAAUGAGUACCUGCUAACGCUAGCCGCGGCUAACGCCCACCAGGACCGCUACUACCAGACCGACCUGAUCAGCUGCAUCAAGGCUCUGGAUGGGAAUGUGUAUGACCAUGUGAAGGAUUAUUUGAUCUCCUUCUGCCGAACGGAACUGGAGGCCUUCCAGGCCGUCCACAGCACCUUCCAGUUCCUCCUGGAGAAGUCCAGCCGCGUGAUGCAGGACUUCAAUCAGCAGCUGUUCAUGCAGGAGAGCCCGGUCUUUCACAAAGCACAAGACUUCCAGUUCCAGCCCAGCGACAGCGACGCGAGUCGGCAGCUGGAGUCGGAGACGGGCACCACGGAGGAGCACAGCCUGAACAAGGAGGCCCGCAAGUGGGCCACGCGCGUGGCCAGGGAGCACAAGAACAUCAUCCACUAUAAGAGGUGUGUGGAGGAGUGUGAGACUCUGGGGAUCCCGCCCACCGAGCAAGGCCGCAACGACCUAGAGCUGAGGAUCGACGAGGCCAAAGAAAACAUCCGCAAGGCUGAGACAAUAAAACUGAAGGCUGAAGCUCGUCUAGACCUGCUACGGCAGGUGGGCGUUUCCGUGGAUACAUGGCUGAAGAGCGCUAUGAACCAGGUGAUGGAGGAGCUGGAGAAUGAGCGCUGGGCUUCGCUGCCCACCCUCACCAACCAUGACCCCUCCAUCUCGACUACAGUUGAUCUGGAGCGAGAGGACGGGGAGGACCUGGAAGAGAACAUGGAGGUGUUUGACGACAGCAGCUCCAGCCCGUCAGGAACACUGAGGAACUACCCCCUCACCUGCAAGGUGCUCUACUCCUACAAGGCCUCCCAGCCUGAUGAGCUGACCAUCGAUGAGCAGGAGAUGUUGGAGGUGAUUGAGGACGGAGACAUGGAGGACUGGGUGAAGGCCAGGAACAAGACGGGCCACGUGGGCUACGUGCCUGAGAAGUACCUGCAGUUCCCCACCUCAAACAGCCUACUGAGCAUGCUCCAGUCCCUGGCCACGCUGGACACGCGCUCACACACGUCCAGCAACUCCACCGAGCCCGAGCUGGCCUCAGGCAGCACCAACGGAGACGCCAGCAUGAGUUUUGUGAAGGCCAUCUACGACUACGAGGCCCAGACGGACGACGAGCUGUCCUUCCCCGAGGGAGCCAUCAUCCGCAUCCUGAACAAGGACAACCAGGAGGACGACGGCUUCUGGGAGGGCGAAUUCAACGGCCGCGUGGGCGUCUUCCCCUCCGUGCUGGUGGAGGACCUCAACAACUCCGAGAACGGAGACUCGCACUGGGGCCACGAGGCACAGCAGGUGUCUCCGUCCCAGAGGGGCCACUCCUCGCUGCCGCCGCUCCCCCUGUACGACCAGCCCCCCAGUGGCAGCCUGUACGCCAGCCCGGACGCCAGCUCGGCCCUCCCCCUGCCACGCUCGCCCUCCGUUAACGGAGAGCACAAGCUCAUGCCCCCCUCGCACAAAGGGCCCGUGCACAAUCAUAGCUACACUUUAAAUCCAGAGAGUCCAGGCUUCGCCCCACAGCCCCUGAGACUAACCCCAGAUGGAGCAGGUCCUGGCAAACUGCGUCCUGUGCGAGCAGCGCCCCCUCCGCCCAAACAGCAGCAGCAGCAGCGGCGCCCGGCAGAGAAGACGGAGGAGGUGGAGAUCACACUGGUGUAGCAGCAGCACCGGAGCAACCAAACUCUCACCUCCUUCCCUCUCGCCCUCCUCUUCCUCCUCCUUCUCUUCCUCCUCCGCCUCCUCACGUGGAGGACGGGUCUUGACAGGACAGCUGACCAAUGCCCUCAUCACCCUCGACGCAGACGGAGGGGAGGGACAGUGGUCAAACGCCAUGACCCUAGUGUCCAGACACUCGUGAAAACGCUCCCCUCUGUGUCCCAGACUGUCUGGUGCCUUAAACCACUCUCAUGCCAAAACAUGAAGCUCUCUCGUCUCCUCAUGCCUUCAGCCCAGAGGGAAAGGGGAAACUUUUCGGAACACCAGGAAGUGUUUUCCAAAGUGUUCCAACCCCAACGUAGAGCUAGAUUGAAAAAGAAAAAAUCAACCAACCAACCAACCAAACUGAACAGUGACUGAAGAUUUGGAGGAUCUGUUUGCAUGUUUAUUCCCAGUUUCCCACAUGAUGUUGAUGGUGUCGUGUAAUAUCUGGAGUUAGCAAGUGGUGUGUGUGGUCCGAGUGCGUUCAUUUUAGGUCUUGUGAUCAUAGCCGCAAAUGAAUCCUAACUGCUAGCGAAACCACAUUUAUAAUAGCUGUCUAGAUGUUCUAGGUAAAAAAAAAAAACAGAAGUAGCAGAAGAACCGUAGAAACCAUGAGCAGAGGAUCUGGAGUUUGUGCUGAGGGUGGCUGAUGCUGCGCCUGUGUAACACCCAGACGUGUCGAAGGGCAGGUCUUUAAUGGACAAAAAAGACAAAAAAAUGUAGCCCAUACAAACCCCUAGUUAUUGAUGUGUCGACGGAAGCUUUAUAAUCCGUAUGCAGAAGGGUUUUUCAUAACCUGCAAAGCAGAGCAGACAAAUAGGAGCAGUUGAUAAAAAAAAAAAAACAGCCAAGAUGAGCUAAUUGUUUUCUUUUCGAAAGUGGCUUUCUUGCACAUUUGUAACGAGUGAGCAUUUUGCGCGUAUGGGGAGCUCUGGGGCCUGGACAGAAGGAAGCCGAGGGGAGCGCUCAAAGGAAGCCUCGUCCUCGGACAUAUGUAGUCAUAUCAAUAACGUAUUUAAUGUGCAGCAUUAGUACAGUACAUUACUGUCGUCAUAGGAACGUUCCGGAAGUGUGUGCAACAUUGCGUCAUAUAUAGCAUUACUGAGUGGACAUUUGAUGAGUAGUGGCUCAUUACGUCACCUCGAGGAGAAAGGGAGUUUGUACAGAACGUGUGUUGCGGAAGAGCGGAAGGCCGCAGGGGAACGAGGGAAUGGAGAGGGCGAGGAACGGAAGAGAGGGGUGACAGAGGCUGGCUCCUUCGUUUGCUUCACAUCUGUCCGUGCUCCUCCACCCACUCCUAACCCCCCUGGUGCCAACUGCGCCGCCAUGUGGCAAUCUCUGAUGUUUGAGUAGUACUUACUUCAUCGAUAUUAUCUCUUUCAGCUCUUCACUAUGAAGUUGGGCAUCUGUGCAUAUUACUAAUAUUUAGUCCUCUAAGUGAAAGGAAGAAAAUUAAAGGAUCACAGAGUUGAAUAAUGUGGCAUCUCUUGGGAGUGAGUGUGUGAGUGAGUGAGUGGUCCUAUGGUGCCUCAUCGGUACACUCCCCCUCACCUCACCGCCGACAGAUUAUUCAUUUAUAUACGCAAAUCAAUAUCGGAGCAUUUAGUUGAAAGUGCAUUAUUUUUUAUCAAUUUCUGUCUUUCCUCUCUCUCUCUCUCUUUCUCUCUCUCUCUGUAUCUCUUCCUUUUGUAUUGUGUAAACACUGUUGACGACUAAGUGAGAUGUAUUUGGCUGACUGUUGUGGCAGUAUUUAUAAUGGAUUGUUAGCCUUCAGAGACAUUCAGACUGUCUCUUGCAGAAAGAGGGGGGGAAAUAAACAGGCAACAUGCACCACGGCCACUGAGUGUGCAGAAUGUUCCGGAUGGUGAGAGUAACGAGAGCUGAUCUAAAUAAGAUGGUGUCAGGAGUGCCACUCAUUCAUACAAGGGGCAGCCUGGAUUUUUAGUUGUGUGAAGUAGAAAGCUUGUCUCGUGUUUGUUUUGUGUUUGAUGUGAGAUUCCCCCCAAGCCCUUGAGUGAGUGAGUGAGGUAUGGAGAUAUGGAGACAACCCAGCACCUUGCAACAAGUGAAAAUGUCACCUAGGAUUGUUGUCCUGAUUUGCCCCACAGAUCUCGAAACGGGCUUUUAAUUUAUUGACUAAUCAAAAUAUUUUUCCCUGUCUGAGGUGAUAUUUAAUGCUUAACAUAUAAGCAAUUAUUCAAUGUCUUUGCAGCACUUUUUUAAACAAAAAAAAACUUUAUUUUGUGUUUUUAAGUUGUGAUUCUCAGUAUUCUUUUUAUGGCUGCCCCUUGCCAGUGUUUUAGCUUCCAACCAUUUGUUUAUCAUUGUUGAGAUUGUUUGUAUCACCUCCCAUGAUGGGAUGUGAUCAGAAAUCCAGCUAUGUUCAUGUGCUUGCAUUUGACUGCAAUGCAAAGGGAAUCCAUUCCCCCCAAGGGUGAGAUGCUGGUGUAUUACUUAAACAAAGGUUCCGCAAAUGAAUUAUAAACUUGUUGAACUGAAAUGGAGAGAAUGUGAAUUAUAAGCAGUCGAGAAAGCAAACAUAAAAUGAACUGUGUCUGGAAUAUGGCUGAAUGGAAGGGCAACAGUGUUGAAUAUCUGCUCUGCUCAUUUCUUAGCGCUCGAACACGAUCUUUUCUUGUUGAUCUCUUUGAGAUCUUUUGAAUCUUAUCGAACUUGUUUUGAAGUUUAUGGUUUACAGCUGUGUCCGUUGUGUCAAAAAGCUGUUCUCUCACACAAAACAAGGUUUUUCUCAUUUAAUAAAAACAAGGUUGUCAUCCUGAUGUUUCUCUUCGGCCAGUUGCGACUUUUGAACUUCCAAAAACAGUCACCCCCUACCAGUGGAUUUUACUUUUAAGUAUUCCUCUUUUUUCAUUUGAAGAUGUUUUAAGAGCUGCUAAAAAAUCUGGUAAUAAUAACAAGCUUUCUCUUUAGACUGUUGCCAUGGUGACAAUAUCAGAAAACACAGGUGCAAAUUCUACAUAUUAUUAGCUGUAAAAAUUUGUAUUUAUUGUGUACAAAUGUUAAAUAAUAAAAUGAAUCA